AUGAGUAAGAAAUUUCGCAUUAUGGACCCAUCAGAGUCUCGGGAGGUUAUUAUGACCCAGAGAAAACCAGAGGAUGACCCUGGAAGACAAACUUUUCAUGUAACGAAAGCAUCUUUGAGUACCCCCGCUUCCUUGCCAUUGGAUGCUGCAGAGGCGGCCAGAUCUAAGAGUAAUAAGUACAUCCUUUCUACGCAGACAUUCUCUACCGAAACCCCGUUAAUUGCACGCAAAACCGUCAUUCAGCAACAGCAAGACACACCCCAUGAUACAAAGAGCAAGAAAUACAGACUCUUGACGACGGAAGAGCGCCAGGUUAUUGCAAACACACCAAAACGAGACUCCAGUGUCAAAUUUAGGCCGGCAUCUGCACGCACACAAUCUUUAUACAAAACAGCUUAUAGCCUGGUUGGAAACAUAGAGACCAUUGCUACACAGGAUCUUCAGAGCCCUAAAGGCAGCAGCAGUGGUGCUACUCGAACUCCACGAACUGCCGGAGUCAUUGUUGAACACUCGACACCUCUAAACUACCACGUGGCAGCGGAGCAACAGGAGCCCCAAUAUUUCCGUGGUCUUUCUAUUCCCUACGGCAGUCGGACGACUGCACUGACAGCAGGAUGCACCGUCGAGCCAGUAAGUCACAUCUGUUCAGUCAGUCCUGCAGUCAUUGAGAACAAUACACUGCACUUGACAUCUCACCUGUAUCGACAGAACUCUACUAACAGAGCACUGGGGGAUGCUACUGCAACAUAUGUGGGCAACCUGUCCGGUAGCACUGCUCUAGCCAAGGGUGCUGCACCGGCAGGUGAUUACGCACUCUCCUUUCAGCGGUCGAAGCACUCUGUCUCUACGCAGAGAUCUACAUCUACAAAGAGUCAGCCAGACAAAUCUGAUGCAGGAGUUCCUGGAGCUGCUUCAAACAACUCUGCUGGCCCCUUUGGCAGCUCGAGCGGCGGGGCUAGUGGACCAGGCUCUGCUGUGGUAUCUCUGAAAGCAGCCUCACGGCCUCAGUCAGGUUCUGUAAAGGCAAAACCAGUCGCACCCAUGAGCCUGACAACCAGUCUCACCUUGGGAGAUGGCGCUAUUGCAUCUUCUACUUUAGCAGCUUCUCAGCGUGGAGCUAUACCUGAAUCUGAUGACGCACCGAUUACUACGAUAAGCUACCAGACCAAACUCCAAAAUCCGUAUGCUCCACAACAGCGUACUGCCGGCCAGACUGGUGAGCUUCUCAACAUGGCCAAUGGCACCGUGAUAGCUACCUAUACAGAGACAGGAGACGCCAUAGAGAACUUCAGUUCUGACUCACGAAGCCCUGCUUUGGUAAAGAAGCGAUGCCUGCCAACAUACAACUAUGUGGAGCUGCUCAAGAGCCAGCGUACCCUAGAGUUUGUGCCGUCUCCACCAGAUUCUCCUAAGCCUGGGGAAGCAAACCCACGAGAAGUUACCGACAUUAUUUACACAGGCCCCUCUUUAUACUCACAGUACUUGGCGUCACAGGUAGGAAGCGGUGGAAUAAGGGCGGGCGCCAGGGAAAAGUCUCUUCUGCAGAACCUCAAAGUUCAAGCCGAUGUACUUAGACGUCUCAAGAAGAAGAAUGCUGACAUACGCAAGAAUACAAAUGACUUGGCCAUUAGCCUGAAUUUCUUCAAUGACUGA